GCGCCGACCGAUCGCUCUAUGGCGUUGCGCUCCGAAAUUUUUCAAAUCGCGUAAACAUUCACACGUGUUUUCGUAAAGUGUUCAAGAUAUUCAGUGCUUAGUGUUGUGUUAACUGAUACACCUGUUUAAAUACCUAUUGACGGAUCGAAACGACGUCUGACGAAGUCACGUAUGUUAAAAACAAAUAAGAGUUGGAAAACAAAGGUUUAGUUUACUUAGGUGUAAACCUGUACACUAGUAAAAUAUUGGAAGAGGAAUUUUCAUUUGAAGUUAUAUGGUGUAAACAUGGAUUAAUAUCAGAGACAACGUAAAUCUUAUGAGAUGAGGAGCGAAGUGGUACAUCGGCAGCGCAGCUAGAGAUGCGCUCCAAGCAGCAGCCGAGGCCUUCAUACCGCUGGCUCAAUUCUAACGAUAACGAAGAAGCCACAAGUCCAGAUAGCGGGACGAAGGAUCAGCGCGAGCGGGGAAGGGACGCGGCGCGGGGAGAGGGAGAGUCCUCUCCGCCCGCGUCCCCCGCGUCCCACGCCUCACCACCACCAGACGACAUCGAGCACAGCAUACCAGCCACACUGAUACAGGACCCUAACGCUGAAAGGGAAAGUCCGAGGUGCUUGUCGCGCGAGUCAUCUGGUGCACCGCGAUGUCCCUCAAACGACUCCGUGUACUCGGGUCGGAGUGCGCCCAGCCUCCCCCUCCCCGCCGCCCUCUCUGCCGCCCUCCCCGCUGCCUUGCCCGCUGCCCUGCUGCCCCCUCACUCGGCAGCCGUUGCAGCAUACCUUGGUGCGGCAGCUGCAGCCGCGCAACAACGCCUCCUCAUGUCCUGCCAGGAAGACCUGGCUGACGCCGAACGAUCCGAUGCAGUCCUGGACUUCAGUACAAAACGCAGUGAGUCACCCCCCGAUGAUGACGAUAUUGAUGCAGAUGAUGCUGUCAAUCUUAGCAAAAAUGAAAACUGUCCUUUAGACUUGUCAGUUGGUACUAGGAAAAGAGGACCUGAAAAUUCUCCCUCUCCUGUUCCGACUAGAAAAAGUUCUAGGUCAGCAGAUUUUAAACCUCUUACUACACCAUGGACGACACCGGUUGCCCCACAUCUGCCAUACUUUGCUGCAGCAGUAGCAGCUGCUAGCUUGUCUCCUAAAGGAAGCUUAUCUAGUGAUUGGAAUGGAAAAUUGAAGCAUGGCGCACCUACACCUAGCGACGCAACAAAAGCUCUAGAAAAAAUGAGUGAAUUAAGCAGAUUAGGAGGCGAAGAACUCUUUAGAUCGGUUCAAAGCGCAGCUUUGGGGGCUGGGUUGACGCCAAACGCAGCGGCUAGACAUUCAGCAUGGCAAUCUCAUUGGUUAAACAAAGGUGCGGACCAAACCAAAGACGUUUUGAAAUGUGUUUGGUGCAAGAAAAGCUUUAAUUCAUUAGCAGAUCUAACUGUUCACAUGAAAGAAGCUAAGCAUUGCGGUGUUAACGUUCCCAUGCCUCCGACAUCAGGAGCUCAGAUGCCACAGUCACUUCAUCCGCCGUCUAGUUCACCAUCGACGCCAUCUCACAAUUCUUCAUCUUCCACUAGUUCAUCUAAACCUAAUCAUAAUGACUUAAAUAUGCUUAUUAAGGAAAAUAUGCCUAUACCCAGAAAGUUAGUUCGUGGACAAGAUGUAUGGUUAGGAAAGGGGGCUGAACAAACUAGACAAAUUUUGAAAUGUAUGUGGUGUGCUGAAAGCUUUCGAUCAUUAGCCGAAAUGACCAGUCACAUGCAGCGUACUCAGCAUUAUACAAACAUAAUAUCUCAAGAGCAAAUUAUAUCGUGGAAAUCUUCUGAUGAAGCUAAAGGUUCAAAUUCUAGUACUCCGGGUACAAACAAUACUGUACCUCCUACUACGGGAACAAGUAGUCAUGUUAGUGCAGUUUUAACUUGUAAGGUUUGUGACCAAGCGUUUAGUUCUUUAAAAGAAUUGAGUAAUCAUAUGGUAAAAAAUUCACAUUACAAAGAGCAUAUUAUGAGAUCCAUUACUGAGAGUGGAGGUAGGAGACGCCAAACGCGUGAGAAGCGAAAAAAAUCUUUACCGGUAAGAAAAUUACUUGAACUCGAAAGAGCACAGCAUGAAUUUAAAAACGGUGAAGGUAAUGGCGUUCCCAUGGGAAAGCCUAUUCGAGACUUUGGCACUGGUAGUAGAAUAACUUGCGAAAAAUGCGGUGAUAAGAUAGAGACUGCCCUAUUUGUGGAGCAUAUUAGACAAUGUAUAGGCGCGCCGAUGUCAAAUAGCCAAAGGAACUUUCUGAAAAGUGCGCUUCUUUCUAAUAAUAUUAUUCCCCCGGAUGUUCCUGGACACGUCACACCGACUAAUCGCGAUGGAAGGAAAAGCAUUAAUGAUGAAAUUCCCUCACCUGGAUCCGGACACCACCGGUCGCCUUCUUCUAUGAAUGACUCGUCUCCAAGCUCCAAAGAUCCUAAUGCUAGUAACGAUAAAAGCUCAUCGCCUUCUGUUUUAAAUGCCAUUGAACAGUUGAUCGAAAAGAGUUUCGACACUCGAUCUCGCCAUUCAGUACCUGGAAUGCCUGGUGGUACAUCCCAUGCACCAAUCGGUUCGAGCAUCUUAAAAAGACUAGGGAUAGAUGAAAGUGUCGACUACACAAAACCAUUAGUAGAUCAGCAAACAAUGAAUAUGCUUAGGAAUUACCAUCAUCAACAAGGCUACGGUCGUCGUGAAAGAAGCGGCAGCGAGUCUAGUUCAAUGUCUGAACGCGGUGGGAGUAGAGUCGAAUCACUCACCCCAGAUAGGAAGUUAGAUUCCUAUCACAUGACUCCCCGUAACACACCAGACACGCGAGGUUCACAGACACCAGCUUCUGAAGCAGACCGGCAAUCCGAAGUAAGGAUUAAGAAAGAGGUAACAGACGAAGAUGAGUGCGAAAACGGUGUUGACUUAAGUAAUCAGCCUGUUAGGGUUAAAACUGAGGUUGACGACGAUGAAGAACAAGCUCGCCCAAAUAGUUCCGUAGAGGAGGAUGUCAAACCAACUCUGCCAAAGCGUGAAAGUGAAGGCCCAAGUCCAGUUCCCAGCCCUCGCAGUCCAUCCAGUGACCGCUCCGCACCAACGCCUGGCUCUGAUAGAAAACCAGCUUCAAGCUUAGGUGCUUUAUCUUCAAUGUUCGAUAAUUUAGCUGGAGGUGGAUCAUCAACUGAACCUAGUUCUUCACGCCGAAGUGGCAGUCAUCCAUUAGCCGCUCUACAAAAGCUCUGUGACAAAACUGAAAAUAAUUCCACUCGUGCGCCUCCACCCGCUCCGUCUCCGGCCGGCCCGCCCAGCAUCCUAACAUUCAGCUGGGCUUGCAAUGAUGCUGUCGUCACCGAUUCUAUUAUGAAGUGUGCCUUGUGUGACACGCCAUUCAUAUCCAAAGGUGCUUAUAGACACCAUCUGUCUAAAAUGCAUUUUGUUAAAGACGGUGCUCUGCCAGAGCCAGUUCCAAUGAAAGCCCCACCUCCGGCCGCUUCUCCCGGAACACAUAAGAGCGGAGGAUCUAAUGCCGCUUCGCCUCAAGAUCCUCGCAGCCCAUCGCAAUCGUUCGAUGAGAGUCCACACUCGAAAUUUUUAAAGUAUACUGAAUUAGCAAAGCAAUUGUCUAGCAAGUACGUGUAAAUGUGACGCGCUGACAUCUGCCGUGAUGAUACCAUAUCCUGCAUUGAACCAUAAUAGGUUUAGGUCGCGAUGCGACGCUAAGUAUUUCGAAACUCUUUGCCAAUUUAAUUAUUUAGGUAAUCGUUAGAGGUCACCGCGUAGUACGGUUAGUGUAAUUAAUCUAGCGACAUAAGUAUACGCCAAACGUCUUACGUUCAUUUAGAUCUAAGAGAAUAUUUUUAAAAUAUUGCCUUUAGGUGAAGAGGUUGUUGCGGUCAUUUGGCCUAUCUUCCACAAUAUAUUGUAAUUCCAUUUCGAUAAUUGUAAAUAUAAGUCACACUAAGUCUUGAAAUUUAGAUUCGAUCUCUUGUAAAUGUAUAUUUUUUGCUAAUAAUACUAAAGGGAAUUAAAAGUAAAGCGCGCGCGGGCGCCGAUCGGGCUGUCGCGUUCACGUCAGUAUUUUUAACUAAUUCGU